AUGACGACGAGCAAAGGUGACCACUUGACAGCUUCAACUUUAGUGGACGAGUCUCAAGUGACUGCAAGUCCCACGUCCACUAUCAAUGCAUACGCUUUGCAAUCCAAUGACGUCACUGGCGAAGAACCAUUGGUAAAGAAACGUCGCACAAAGAACUUUCAAUUACGUGAAGAUCUCGCCAAAUCCCGUGGGUCUGUGACGGUUCACGUGCCUGCGUUCACGCCAUUAACAUUUGACACGUGGGACGAAUUUAUUCAGAUUUGGAAUGGCUACAUGACACGUACAAAGACAAUGUAUCGACGUCGUAGCUCAUCUACAACGACGUAUUGGAAUAAUAAACACAAGUACAAGAAAUAUCCCGUGCCUGAGGACUUUAAGUACGCUACGAUGGCUUAUUGGUGCACUCAUGGAUGUAUUCAACCGUCACGGGGUAAUGGCGUUCGAACGCACUUGCACAAUCGAUAUACGGGCUGCUCGGCGAGGAUUACGGCUGAUGUGGUGUUUGAGAUAGUUGAGGGAGACCCUAGUAAAAUCCGGUGGCUGAUUCGAGUUCGGAAUCAGAUUUCGCAGCAUAAUCAUCGCAUCAGUGAUGAAAUUUACAACUGCUACACCAAUAACAGCUCCGUGCCUGACGAGCUUUUGCUAGGUCCAGAUGCAGAGCAGCAUCACAAACAGGAACCACAGCAAGAUGCAGCAUAUGAGCCUUCGACUCGUACGCUGACGGAAUUGGAUCGAAUGGGAAUCGAUCCAGGAUUCUCGUUGCGAUCUUCUCCAGAGUCAAAGGUAAAUGUAAAGAUGGCUGUAAUCACCGCGGCAUCCACAGUCUCUGAUUUGCUGCUGAAGGAAGCGCUGGCAAACGAGCACAAAAUGAAUAUGGCGGCCUCGGAGAUGCAGCCGCUACUUGAUGAGCUGAAGAAUACUUCGUCGCGUGUUAUUCACAAGAGGCUGCAGGAUGUAUCGGAGAUGGUCGCGCAUUUGCAAGCGAAGUGGCACCAGGACCGUAUUACAGAGGAAGCUGCACAAGCUCAUACUGUCGCACCGACUACGUCUUUGUCUGCUGAACAAACCCUAGCUUCACCAAGCGAAGCGCUUGGUAAGGCAACCGCCAAUAGUAUUUCCUCAAUUGCGAGCUUGCCUCCAGGUGCCGCAUGCUACCUGACGCCACGUGUGGGACAUAUACCAAUUGAAGUGAACCGUGUGGCUUUAGCGUCUACCAAUACGGAAAGUAGGUCGGACGAUGAAGCUGUAUCCCUUUUAAACGAUCGAGAGAGAGAGCUCGCAGAAAAGAGCGAGCAGGUACUUGGGAACCAGAGUGGGUCUUCUGAAGCUGUUUAA